CGUGUGUGUGUGAGAGAAAGAGAGAGAGAGAGAGAGAGAGAGAGAGAGAGAGAAGGUCAGAGGCGUGGUACUUUAUUCAGAAUGAACUGUCAACUUUAGCGAGCUCACAGGAACAGGUUCUGUCAGAGCAGACAUUGAAUCACUCAUUACCUGCAGUACUCCGGCCACCCCUUGACUAGUGUGAUUCUACAGGCUUCAAGAUUAUUGCUGAGAUGAGAAGACUGGGGCCUAUUGAAGUCUCCUUACUUAUCGACCACCACAGUCUCCAUUUCCUCUGUGUAAUUCAUCCCUGGGGUCAUUAUAAUUUUUUUUUAUCUCCCAUCUCUCCACUUACUUCAGAGCCUAUUCAUUUAGCCAUCGAUCCUUUCUCCAGUGUCCUUCUGGACUCCCUACUGUCCCUCUACUGCAAUUUAGCUGUUAGUGGAUUUCUCAAAUCACUUGUUUGUUAGUGCUUGUCAACGUUAGUACUGUUUUAUUCAUGUGCGUGCUUCCCAUGUCCACAGCGUUGGCACACUCUCAGGCUUUUAUUGAUUUCUACAGUGAUCCUUUGAGUCCUAAUGACAUAGCCUUAGAGCUGGUCAUACUAAGGCUGAAGACCAGUGUGUGCCAGAUAACAUAAUUACGUUCCAUAUUGUACUCUGCUGGGCAAUUGUUUUUCUAAUUGACUACCGGUCUGCUUGAAUUGUGUCAGUGCCUCCUAGAAAUCUGUGAGAUUAACCGUUUGCCAUGGCUACCUGUCAAUUUAGCAGUAGCAGUUUUUUUUUUGUUGUAAUAGCAUGUUUCUGUUUUAUAUGCAUUUGAUUGGUUAUGGAAUAACAAUUCUAGAAAGAAGUGUAGAAUCAUUCCUUAAGACUUAAAUGUACAUUGAACAUUCAUGCAAGUUUGACCACUCCAUUGUGAUUAAGUGUCAAUUACCCCUUUAUUAUCAUUUAAGUGUUUUCACCUUGAAUUUAUUAUGUCUUUUCUACAUUCACAGAAAACAUUUUUUUAAAGUAAAGUCAGGCCCAUGUGCCCCCUCCAGGUGUUUUUGCAGCAUCUUCCAAUGUCAGGUGGCAAAGAAUAUUACACCAGCAUGUGGCAUGCUUGGCAGCUGCCGAUUUUAGCACUCAGGUAUUCUUUUCUGGACACAGUGAUGUAGAUGAUGAAGAAGACAAGCCGCAGACGCCAGUGUGGGCGGAUUUGAUUGGUUCAAAGAUGACUGUGUAGGAGGAGAACACGUCUUCCACACUGAGUCAUCCAGACUAAUCACAGCCUCUUUUUUUUUUAAUCACUUGGCCUGUCAUUAAAAUGCACACACUGGCUUUAGAUGUAGCUGUCCUCCUCAUUGUCCCCACUGGCAUUAGAGCAGCGAACAACAAAAUGCCACAAAGGCCUAAUUUUUCUAAAUGGAGGCUAAACCGCUGCAUAAUCCCCUCCCCUCUUCAUGAGUCAUGAGCUCCCAACCUCUCAGGCCCGUCACCGUAGAGUCCAUAUAUAAUUACUCUGCAGCAAUGAAGCACCCAGUUCCCAAAACUUUUUCAAAUAAGGCAUAUGUUAAGUGAAGGUCAAAAUAAAUGGUUUAAGGAAAGUAUAUGUUGCAGGCAAUACAGGAGGAACAAAACGUGGUCCUCAUCGGUCCUAAUCUGAGCAUGUCUCUGCUUGACAAGUGCAGCCAAGUGUUUUCAGCCUCUUGUACCAAACAUACCAAACAUGGACUGUAAUUCUGUAUUUACAAGCAAACAGUUUGUACUGUUUCCAACUGCACAUAUGACAUUCCCUACAUUGCAGACUGUGGAUGGAAUUGUGUAAUGUAUUAGUCAUAUGAAGAGCUGUGUUCUCCUUUUCAGCUGUUGUCAGUCUGCUUCCAUGACACUGCCCGUGUUUGUAGCACUGGUGUAAGUAAUAAUGCUGCCAAUGUAACCUCUGUACAUUUUUAGACUUUAACCACAGGUUAUAUUAGUGUUGAUCUAUUGAAAGUUCAAGAUAACGUUUGACAUUCAAUCUUGUAAAAAAAAAAAAAAAAUUCUUUAAAAAGAAGUGAUAGAGUUUCUUCAGUCUUCAGACUCUUAAUUUCAGUUAAAUACAUUCUGUAUAUUGAUUAUGGAUUCUUAAACAUUAUUGUUAGAAAUAUUACAAUACCUGAUGACUAUAUUGGAUGGCAUGAAAAUCAAAGUUGAUUUGUUUUAUUCAUCAGUUAUUAAUUUUUUAAGAGACACAGCGGUAACUAAGCUGAAAUAGAUAAGGUAACAUUAGAAAAGAGAGUUGAGCUAAAGGAGAAAUGGAGAGUCAAGAUCAGGCAGUGAAGGGUUUGGAAUAAAUAGGAGGCAUUAGAGCAAGAGAGAGAGAGAGAGGGAGAGAGAGAGAGAGGGAGAAUAGGCUAUGGAAGGAGGCAGAGGGAACAUUUGACAGCAGUAAAUGUGGGUUAAAGCAGGUAAGAACCUUUUUUUCGCUCUCACAGACAUCUGAACUGUACAGUCUGAUCGACAAACAUCUAAAUCUGCUGUGCCACAGUUCUCACUUUUUUUUCACUAGUCUGAGUUCUUCAGCUGUGAAGUCAGCUAGGAUUCACUGUGUGGGAGGCUUUGAUUUGCCAGCCUGAGGUGAGGUACUUGCUACAGACUAGUGUGUCUGUGAGAGGGGGAAACAGGAAGAGAUUGAUAGAGGAAGGAGAGACUUGUGCUUCUUUGGAGCAUUGAAGUCGUGCCUGGAGCGCUGACAUUUCUGCAAAGUAUUUUUUAUCGGGACACAGAUCUAUAGCAGGCGAACAAAAAUGGAAGGAGUCUGGUAGAGGUGACUUCACUGCAAAUGAGGGAACAUGUUGGCUAUGGACCAAGGAGUGGUGGAGGAAUGGCUUUCAGAGUUUAAGACUCUUCCUGACAGCGCUGUGUCCAGCUACGCUGCCUCACUCAAGGAGAAAGGUUCCCUGGUACCAGCACUGUACAAGGUCAUCCGAGAGAAUUACAGCGAUUUGUUGGAGCCGGUCUGUCACCAGUUGUUUGAGUUUUACCGGUGUGGUGAGCCACAGCUGCAGCGGUUCACGCUACAGUUCCUGCCAGAGCUCCUGUGGAGCCUCCUGUCCGUCAGCGCAGCCAGAGAUCCUCACACCUCCGGCUGCAUCGAGGCCCUGCUGCUGGGCAUUUAUAACCUGGAAAUAGUUGACAAGGAUGGACAGAACAAAGUGCUGUCUUUUACAGUCCCUUCCCUCUCCAAACCGUCAGUGUACCACGAGCCUUCGGCCAUCGGUUCCAUGGCCCUCACAGAAGGAGCUCUAGCUAAUCACGGGCUGAGCAGAGUGGUGUACAGCGGGCCACACCAACAGAGAGAGACCUUCACGGCCCAAAACAGAUUUGAGGUGCUGACCUUCCUGCUGUUGUGCUACAACGCUGCUCUCAGCUACAUGAGCGCCACUUCUCUCCAGUCGCUCUGUCAGCUCAGCUCCAGAGUGUGUAUAUGCGGUUACCCACGGCAACAGAUGCGACGGUACAAAGGUAUUAGUAGUAGAAUGACGGUCACUUCCGAGUUCCUGGUUCAGCUCAUCACUGGGAUACACUUUGCCCUGUGUAAUGGAGAAGCUGAACUAGGAUCCAAAGCCCUGGACGAUGUUCUGUACAGAGCCAAGUUGGAGUUGUUUCCUGAGGCUCUUCUGGUGGGUAAUGCCAUCAAGUCGUCCCUGCAUGGCGCGGCACUGAAGAGCAACAAGGAGGGCGCCCGCAGUAUCCAGGUGGAGAUCACGCCAACCUCCUCCCGAAUCUCCAGGAACGCUGUCACCUCCCUCUCCAUCAGAGGACACCGCUGGAAGAGACACGACGCUGUUGAUUUGGGUUCCCCGGAUGAGUUGAUGGACAUUUCAGAGGUGGAUGAAGGGGUGUGGCCAAGUGGGGUUGGGCCUGACACAAACCCGCCCACCAUCACUAUCAGCAACAGCAUCACCACGUUAAAUCUGGGAGCCAAGGCUAUGAAGAAGUGCCGUCUUGGUGGACGCAACAGCAAGGACAAAGACAAGGAGACCAGUUCUCUAACAUCUGUCCGGGCCGCCAGUGAGAACGUGGAGCUGUCUGUCAAACGGCUGACACUCACUUCCAGCCAGUCGGUGCCCAAGGGAGGAGCUCUCACCAGCCUCACUCGUACAGCCAGUGCUGUUUUCUCCCGCUCCUUUGAGCAAGUGGCGAGCAGUAACGCUCCUCUCUCUGGCAACCAUGGCACAUCUGAAGCCGGUCGCUACUCGUGCAGCUUGCAGGAGGAUGGGAUGGGAUACCUGAGUCCCGCCCCCAACCACACGCAACGCUCUCCCAGUAUCAGUGUCCACCUCGGCUCUGAGGUUUAAACACUACUCUCGUGAUCCUGUGACCCUCUUCCUGUGAUCUGGAACUUCAAGCCAUGCCCACUGUGGAACAACCACGGCGACAUGAAGAACCACUCCCACUGUCACUCCAUUUUUAAUGUUUUUUUGAUCGUGUUUGUGGCGUGAAGUGAACUGCUGCAGAGAGAGCAGCACCAGCUCUAACGUCAGGGAAACUUCUUCCAGCUCCGCUGAUCUGUCUUCUGUUUGUUGUAAUAGUGAACUGUUGCUGUGAAGUCACACCAGUCCAGAUCUCUGCUCCCUGUCAGAGUACUCUGUUGUAAAAAUGGGCAAAGUUGAGACUAAAAACAAACAUAUAAGAGUAUUUUCCUAAAGAAUUUUAAUUGGCAUUUAUUGCCCUGCAUGGCUUUUUCAUACAUCCAUCAUGACCCUGCUGUGGUUUGUUAACAAGGACAUUGGUCAUGUGUGUGUAAGGAGGUAUGUGUAUGAGAGAGAGAGAGUGUUGGAGAGUGUGCUGUACAGUGUGUGUAUUUAUGUUUUUUUAAGAAUAAAGGCUGCUGAUUGCUACUAUGAUUACAGUAUGGUUCCCCUUUUGAAAUACAACUCCCCAAUCAGAGCAAUACUGUAUUCUCUUGUUGAGUGUUUUCUGUUUUAUCCUUAAAAUUACCCAUACCCCCUCCUUGUUCUCUUCUUCAUUUACAGGUUCACAUGCUUUCUUUUUAAAGUAGUGACUAAAUAAUCAAACGUGUGUGACAUUAAGUAGUUGUAAAUGUUUACAGUUGCACAGUAUUGUCAUUACAGAGAAGCAAUAUCUGCACCCCUCCCUUGCUGCUCUAGCACCUUCCUAAUUGGCUGUGCUCCUGAUGGCAGACAUUUAAAAUCUUACUUCUGAGAAAUUCAAAGGAGCCUGUACAGCUUAUUGAGUAUUGAAUUUUGCACUUGGAGUGUUUUCUUCUGUAUUUUCUUACUGUGAGCAGGAGAUCUGUCCCUAAAAUGUGUUGUUUUCCUGUGUUGUUUCCACCAGAGAGAGAGAAACAUGCACUGUUGCCGUUUUCACAAAAACUAAAAACCGUCCCACACCCGACUUUCCACUAGAAAUAUCAUUUGAUACCUGUGAGCAACACACGGACUGUUGUUAGGGCAACACAGCAGUUCCCUGUUUACAGAACUACUCAUCAUUCCAGAUGUUUGUGGUACUUUGGUGAUGUGUUUCCACUGUCUCUACUUGUUCUCCAUAACAAGAAGUGUGGUGAUAUUGUCUCUUGUCAGAACAAAUUAAAACUCCAUCCAGCAGUUGUCUCUGCUUUUCUCCCCUGAACAAAAGUGUUUCCUCUCUGCUGUCGUUUCUACUUGAGCAGUCAAGGGUCUGCGGCUUGUCGGGACUUUUAACAAUCAUAGUCAUCCUCUAUAUGGGUUGUUUGAAUGUGAAUGGCUAAGUCUGUUUAUAUUGACAUUAUCGUUUGUCUGAAGUAAACUCACUGCCACAACUUUGGGGAAUAAAGUGUUUCUAUAUUU